AUGUCCGAGUUUAUAAGCGAUUCAAACUUCAAUGAAUUGGUAGUGGACACUACUCUCGACAACAGAAAUGAUGAAGGUCCGAUGACACUUGAAAACUUCACAAAAUUGAUGGUUCAAUUCUACGAACUCGGAUGGAUGCGUGGAAGCGGAGGUGCAAUGGGAUGUAUAUCCGGAAAAGAACUGAUGAUCUCGCCUUCGGCACUUCAAAAAGAGCGUAUCCGAGAGCAAGACGUGUUUGUUUACAAUAUCUCGGAAAAAACUGAGGUUCAACGACCGCCUAACAAACGGAUCACUGUUUCAUCGUGCUCGGUGCUCUUCUCGCUUAUCAUGAAGGAGACUGGAAGCGAAUGUGUAAUCCAUACCCAUUCAAAAUCAGCCAAUCUUAUUACCCAACUCAUCAAAACCGAUAGUUUCGAAAUCUCACAUCAAGAAUACAUUAAAGGAAUCUACGAUCCAUUUUCCGGAAAAGCUUUGAAAUACUCUGACACUUUAUCGAUUCCAAUCAUUGAUAACAUGCCCAGCGAGAGUCAACUUUUGGAGCCAAUAAGAGGAGUUCUCGACAAUCAUCCCCAAGCAAUCGCAGUUCUUGUCAGAAAUCACGGACUUUUUGUGUGGGGCCCGACUUGGGAGUCGACCAAGAUCAUGACAGAAUGCAUCGACUAUCUACUGGAAUUGAGUAUCGACAUGUUGAAGAAUAACAUCGCAUUGGUAAAUGAAGGAGCAUUCGAAAAGGAGGAUAACCUGUCCGAAAAAUUGAGAACUCUCAUGUUCAGCGACAUGGCACCAGUCUAG